AGGGGCAGACAGGGGCAGACAGGGGCAGUCAUGCAUGCGGACACUGGCUUUGUCAUAUAUGUGCUGAUAUUUGUAACUGAAGCACUAUGGAGUGGUGUGCAUACCGUGUCCCCUGUCCCAUCAGUCCCACAGCGGGUCCCUGCACUGGCUGGCUCUUGUGUGGUCAUCCCCUGCUCUUUCACUCUCCCUGGCCCCUCUCUCAGCGUAAGAAAGCAGCGCAUGGACGUCCGGAUCCGCUUCAGAGGAGGAGGGCACCUUUUUCCCCUGCGCAGCACUGCCUUCAACAGCGAGGACAGGGACCAGGUGAGCAGGGACUUCCAGGGCCGCUCCUAUCUGGUGGGGCAGACCUCCGAGGGUGACUGCUCAGUGAAAAUCAGCAGGGUGAACCGGGACGACUCACGGAUGUUUGAGAUCGCACUGAAACGAGGAGGGGAGCUGCUCUGGGGAAAGCCUAGCACGUUCAGUCUGGAGGUUACAGAUCAGCCUGCCUCCCCCGUCAUCACUGGGGUUUGGGCUUUCACAGAGGGACAGCUGGUGACUCUCAACUGCUCGGUGGCGUUCUCAUGUCCGUCCAAACCUCCAUCUCUGAUAUGGAGUUGGGACAGAGGGGCUCAGCUGAACAGCACCGAGCAGGGGCGACAGCUGACCCAGUUCCCUCAGCCACACCGCCCCCUGCUGGUGUCAACGCUGUUGUUCACGGCUACACAUGCGGUCCAGCCCCGAGUCCGCUGUGAGGCCAGGUACCCGGGGGAAAAGAGUGCAGCAGCUCUGAAGGAUCUGCAUGUAACCUUCUCCCCCAAAGACGUGAGGGUGCAAGUACAGACAUUGUCAGUUCACGAGGGGGGCAAUGCUCUGGUGUCCUGUUCCUGUAAGGCAGACCCCCCCGCCUCAGAGUACCGCUGGUCCUACAUCCAACAUGACCACCUUGUCCACCUACACCAGAAGACCCACACAGUCCGCCUCCACAACGUCACCCGGGAUAUGAGGGUCCACUGCUCUGCGCUCAACCUGAUUGGACGAGGAGAGUCCCUGCCCCUGCUGCUCAAUGUCCAAUAUAAGCCCACCAUCCUGCAGCAGUCUUCCUUUUGUGUUCGGGAUGGCGCGGAUGUCUUGUGUCACUGCACAGUCCAAUCCAAGCCCGCACCUUCCAUCACCUGGAGUGUCAAUGGGAGCAUUCCACCUGAGAAUUACAACUUUUCAUUCACAAGCCACUCUCACACUCUAAAAGCCACUAUGAGGGGACACAUGGACAGCGCACUACCAGUGUUCUGCUACGCCGUGAAUGCACUAGGGAAUGAUUCUGCACUGUUGCUUCAGGGAGGAGAAGCAGACUCUCUUCUGCUGUGGCUCAUCCUUCCAGCUGUGGCCAUCUGCCUUGUGGUCCUCAUCUUUUCCAUUGGUCUUUGUUUGUGUUGCUUCAGAAACAGAAAGAAAAAACGUACGUUGCGCCACCAUCUAGCUGCAUAUCCUGAAAACCUUGGCAUUUAUCAAGACAGAAUGCCUCUCUAUAUUAACUGCACUGAAGUGACUCAUAUUUACACAAAUGGCAGCUACCAACUUGUGUACCAGAACUCCACGCCUUGUUUUGUUCAAAAUAAGCAGCUUCGUCCCAUGGGCAGAAGAGGAGGAGAGAGACGCAGAGGAGCAGAGCGUGGAGUGAGAGAAAGACAAACCAAUGUACAAACCAGACGGACAGUCCAGACUACUGCAGUGGCUGAUGCGGAUACUGCCAUAUACUUGGAGAUACUCUGAACUGAUAUGUGGCUGCAAUUCAUUUAUUAAUGAAAUAACUUUGUAACAACUUAAAGGCUUGUUGAUGUUUUUUCAUGUUUAUUUCAUAUCCCUUUUUCUGUACAAUAUCAACUUUUUUAAAAAGUAGAUGUCUGUGUAAUCCCUCAGUCGUCCAGGUCCUGAUCCAUAGCAAAAGAAGAAAUUAAAUCUGUCAACUGGACAAAUCAUUGUAGGAGUGAAGACGUUGACGCUGCUCAUCCAGGCCGCUUCUUCAGUUCUGGUCUGAUUACUGGUGGACACUGCCUUAUGUCUAUCUGAAGGGAAGAACUAACAACACUGAAACAAUAAACAGCUAUUGUCUCCGGUUUCAGCCUUAAUGACCCUAUUCAACCUUUAAUGGCCCUUAUUGUCUUCCACC